CGGAGCCAGGCGCUGAAUAGCUCCAUUCACCUCCCGGGAGGGACCUGGGCUACCAUCGCAGGCGGGUGUGAAAAGGAUUCUGUUUAAAGAGGAAAGGAGGCGAGCCUUGGCGUUGCUUUGAAAUCUGCCCGCUUCGUCUCCCGCACCCCAGCCCCUCAUUCACCUCCCCCCAAAGCCCGGCCCAGCCAGCCCCUGGGAGGGAGCUGAGAGCGUGGCACUCGCUGCCCCGAGCUGGGAGAGCCGUGGCCGGCCGCCCCACGGGUGCCGCCAUGACCCCCAGGGUGCUGGCCGUGCUGGGCUGCCUCCUCUUCCUCCUCCUCUGGGCGGAGGGUCGGGAGAAGGCGCGGCGCCUCCAAACCCCAGAGAAGAAGGCCACGAGAGAGUCCAAACCCUGGGUUGCCCAGGGCAUGGGCAGGAAGGCCAAGCUGGUGUCACCCAAGCCCCUGCCAAAGGUCAAGUCCCCCAUGAACUCCACAGCUGCCCCCAGCGCGGGGAAGCCACCAGCCUCCAUCCUGAGCCAGGUGGUGGCACGGGGGCAGUUCCAAAAGGUGCCCGAGUCCCUGGCACUGCGAGCGGGGGAUGCGCUGGAGCUGCGGUGCCGGGGCCGGGCGGUCCGGUGGAGGUACCCAGCCCACCUGCAAGAUGAUGAGGAAGGGCGGCUCAGGGUCAAGCACUAUGCAAAGUUCAGCCAGCUGCUGGUGGUGAACGCCACAGCCGCCGACACGGGCGAGUACAGCUGCUGGUCCCUCCAGUGCCAGGACAGCCCGUGCCAGGAGGGCGAGGACAGGACGGGCAAGACCUUUGUCUUCUUUGCAGACCCCCAGGAGCUGUUUGUCCCCACGGAGGAUUACUACGAGGUGGUCCAGCUGCGCACGAACCGCCCCACGCUCCUGCCCUGCCAGGUGACCAGCCCGCUGGCCCGCGUGACGCUGCACCGUGAGUUCCCCCCCGAGGAGGUGCCCGUGGACGGUCGGGACAUCUCUUAUGACGUCCGGCGCGGCUUCACCAUCCACCGCUCCCGGCCCUCCUAUGCCGGCUCGCUCUUCUGCAUGGCCAGCCUGGGCGGCGUGCGGCAGAUCUCCACCAAGUACAUGCUGGUCUACAUCAACUACCCUUCCUCUGCCCCCAAGCCCACGGUGCGGGCAUCGGGCACCUCCGCGCGGGUGGGGGAGAACUUCAACGUGACCUGCACGGUGCUCGGAGAGCCGGAAGUGGCUGUGGACUUCACCUGGGAGUACCCGGGGCAGAAGGUGGGCAGGCCACCCUACGUGCGGGAGCGCACGGACCUGGUGCGCCGCGGGGGGCAGGUGCGGCAGGAGGCCGAGAGCACCCUGUACGUGGACGAGGCACGGGACGUGGACGCCGGGCUGUACACCUGCCGCGCCGAGAACCUGGAGGGCAGUGCCAGUGCCGCCACCUGUGUCCGCGUGCUCCCGGCCCCGCGGGGCGGGCAGCCUGGCUAGCCGAGGCCCUGCUCGGCCUGGGGGCUUGCAGUAAUACCUCCCCGGUGGCUGCAAGACAGGCUGGGGGCCUCUCUGCCCUUGCUGGCUCUGCCUCUGCAUUUGCUUAUUAAAAUCACUGGCUUUAAACAGGAGAGAGCUGGUCAUCUCCCAGCAAGCGGUGGGCACUGAGGGUGCAGUGAGGCUACCUUGAGAUGAUGACUGCAGCCGGAUCCUCCAGCGCCAGAGGCUAUGGAGAGCUCAGCCCUUGCUGUGUGCCCAGCUGGGGAAACCCAGCUCUGAGAGGGGCAGGGAGCUGGACAAAUGGUCCGGGAAAGGAGGGUGGUGGGAGGAUGCACCCAGGCACCUGCGUGAUGACCAUACCGAGCUGCAGCAGGUCGGACUGCAAGCUAACGGUGCCAGGUAGCAAACGCAUCACCCACCGAGGCACCAAGUAGAAAAUACCUUUGCAAAAAUACCUUUGCAAAGGCUUUCUUCCUUCCCCUCCCCACCAGGCUCCAGGAUCUUCAAAUGGAGACUGCACACACACCUUGCUGGGGUUAUUGGACCCCAGCAGUCUUUCCUGCCCAGAGCAGGGGGGCUGGACCCGAUGAUCCAACUCUAAACUUCUGUGAAUCAGCCUGGGCAGCUCUGCUGUGGCUAGAGCCAGGCCUACCCCCCAGCCCUGAUGGGACUCCAGGUGAGGGCAGUUCACAUUCAGCCUAUAGCCAGGUGUAGCUGAGCAAGGUCUGCAGGUCUCUUGGGUCCUGGGGCCAAAGUUGAACCCCUGCUCUGCCAAACACAGGGGCAACUCCCCAUGCCCUACUGCCCUGCACAGCUGGAAAGGGCUUCUGAAGCAACAGGCAACACAAGCAUCCUCCCCGCAACCUCACCAUCCAUGGAAAACACCGACAUUGCAUUGGUUUGGUAAUGUCCUGCAGACUUGUAUUCUCACAGCUCAGAGCACACGCACGCACACGCUAUCCCUGGGGGAAGCUCUGCGGCUGUUAGUGGUGCAGCGGUCUCCCUGCUCAAGCUCUCCCCAAAGUAUGGGCAUGGAAAGUGCAUCUCAUACAGUGGUGCCAGUCCCCCGCCUCCCAUCCUCCAGAGAUGCUGUCAGUUCAUCCCCACCGCUGGGCUUGUUCCAGCUCAGGAGAAGGACCUAGAAAGCAGCCAGCAACUCCGAUUGCUUUAGAGACUGCCCCAAGAUCCAGGCCUAGAGGUAAAACAAGCUCCGUUCCGCUGCAGCUCAGCUGCUAGCUCCAAGACGGAUGCCUUGCCCGGCCCCUGCCACAUCUCUUCUGCACGGUGUCAUCCUAUCCACGCCAGACAGCAGCACCCGGGAACCUGAUGCCAGCCAUUGGACAAGAGCAGGGCAGAGGGCAUCAAGCCUGGCAGAGAUUAAUCAAUAGUCCCUGUGGUUCUCCGGCCAGGAGCAGCAGGGUGGCAGAGCACGGCUCAUGGUCCUACUCAGAUUCACCCUGGAGAGAUGCUGCUUUGUACACGUGGCAUAUACAAACGCCCAAUGAGACCAACUCCAGGGAAGCCCCAGGUCUGGGGACCCUCUGUCGCUGACCUAAUGGCUGGGGGGUUUGCUAGCGGCUCAGGUUUUUGGGGAUCUCGGUCCUUUCAGGCACAGGCUGAGCAGCUCAGGGCGUGCAGAUCCCAACAUGCCGCCGGUGAAGGCUGAACCCUGGGGAAGGGCGAGGGAAGCUGCUCAUUUUCUGUACGUCUACAUGCACGCUCAGAGUCCCUCCAGGGCCCUGGCGUGUCAGAGGCAGAGGAGGAAGUGAAGGAGGAACAAAGACCGAAUGCGGCUAGCCACUCUAACUCCCGUGAAAAUACCUGGCAGUUCCCAGGCACCAAAAACUAUUGCUUCACUGCAAAAAAAAGAGCAGCUUCUUUAGGAAAUAAACAGGCAAAAUACUCCUUAAAGUGACUUCCCAAGCUGCCCAGGGCUUUCCAGCAGGUUGGCUGGGCCCCAGCCCUCCCCGGCUCCUGCCUGCUAGCGCAGAAAGGGGGAGAUCCAAACCGUGCACAUCCCACCGAUCCUCACCCCACAGCCAGGGCCACCUAGUGCUGGGGCACAGGGGAGGAGGUCCUUGCCCUCUUGUGCUGUCCAUCACGGUCCCCCUGGGUGAGGCAGGAUUGCAGUACUGCCUACUCAUCCCACCACCCAUAAGAAACAGCAACCCUCCUGGGUGCAAACCUGUAGAGAACCUAAAGACUCUAUGCUUCAACAAUAGUACCAGGCUCUGGGCCAUCCCGGGGCUGCUCAAAAGCAGGCUCACAGCUCAAGCACCUGCCCCCUCCUGCAGAGCUUCAAGCCCCAGUUGCUGCAGGACGUGAUUCCAGUACAUCUCCCCAUGCAGCUGGUCCUUGCAGGAGCUCAGCUGCUCACCCCUGCACACCUGAAGCCACCACGGAGCUUGCAGCCAUGUCCCUGGCUGCUGGGGGAGCAGGAGAGGUCCAGCAAGGAGUGAUGGGGUAGAGCAGGAGUGAGUCUCCUUCCCCAGGAAGAUGAAAGCAAACAAGGGAGGAUGGGGGAGAUGCAUGGCAUUGUGCAGGCUUGUGGAGAACGCCCGGCCAAGGCUUUCAGGGACACGGGGAACAAAGUGCAUGGGGAGGGGAAGCCGCUGGGCACUGAAGGACCUGGAUUCUCACACACACAGAGCCCCUCUGUGCCAGGCUGCCAGGGCAGAGGUCUCAACAGGGAAUACAGCUGCACUGGCCCCUUCUUUAAGAGGCAGAGGGAGCCUUCGAGCAGCCUGUGCAUGGAGCUCUGCCCAGUGAAUGGGCACCGCCCAGCCUCAGCCCAGGACAUGGCUUCUGGGAGCAAAAGGAUGGGAGUCAAGGAGCAAUGCAGCCUCCCUUUUGUCACCCACUUCCCAUGCUCCUGCCAAAGGGCCUCGUGCAACCAGCCUACAGGACAGUCGGGCCCUGUGGACGCAGAGAGAGAUGGACAUGAGCCAUAAAACGCAGGGCCGGAGUCAGACCUGAAGGCACUUGGACCCAGAGACUCCCAGUUCAGAUCCACCUCUGGUUCCAUAUUCACCGACUGACAAAACCCAGCUCGGGUCCCCUUCCCAGACACGUGGCUUUGCUGCCCAGUUUCCUUCUGCUGCUGGGAGCCAGAGGCUCCAUCUAGGCACACUGGUAACCCCGCGGCUUAUCAGUAUGGAGGUGGCUUGUGGCUUCCCCCAAGGUCCGAGCCAGGAAGGGGGCACAGAGGAGAUGGGCAAAGUCCAUAAGCAAUGUCCUACAAAGGACUCCCCUGUCACCGCAGGAUAGGAAGCCCCAUCAGAGGCUCCAAGCCCCCCAUAGCAGCCAGGGGACAGUCACAGGGGCCACU